AAGCCGUGGAAACAAAUACGGCAAGGCAUUCAUUAACGGCGAAUCAAUAAAGUCUUCUCUGGACGGAGAAGAAAUUCUUUUUCGAUUGAAGAAACAUCAUUAACUGCGCGAAAUCAACGAUUUCUUUCUUUUUAUUUAGCAAUUGAUUUCCAAAAAACGCACACACACUUUAUUACUGCUAUUAAUUAGUUUUUGGAAAAGUUAAAAAAUGGCCAUGGCUGGAUUGUACCGUCGAAUCCUCCCUUCUCCUCCUGCCAUCGAUUUCGCUUCCGCCGAAGGAAAGCAACUUUUUAUGGAAGCAAUUCAAAAUGGAACGAUGGAAGGUUUUUAUAGGUUGAUUUCUUACUUCCAGACACAGUCGGAGCCUGCGUAUUGUGGUUUGGCAAGUCUUUCUAUGGUCCUGAAUGCCCUAGCUAUUGAUCCUGGGAGGAAAUGGAAAGGACCUUGGAGGUGGUUUGAUGAAUCUAUGCUAGACUGCUGUGAGCCUUUAGAACAGGUUAAAGCUAAGGGUAUCUCAUUUGGGAAGCUAGUGUGUUUGGCUCACUGUGCUGGGGUUAAAGUUGAAGCGUAUCGAACAAAUCAAAGCACUAUAGAUGACUUCCGUGUACACAUUAUGAGAUGUUCAACUUCUGAUGAUUGCCAUUUGAUCUCGUCUUAUCAUAGAGGAACUUUUAAACAGACAGGAACUGGUCAUUUUUCGCCUAUUGGUGGUUAUCAUGCUGGGAGGGACAUGGCACUGAUUUUAGAUGUUGCGCGGUUCAAGUAUCCUCCUCAUUGGGUUCCACUAACACUUCUUUGGGAAGCAAUGGAUAGAACUGAUGAGACAACUGCACAACGAAGAGGGUUCAUGUUAAUAUCGAGGCCUCACACAGAGCCAGGACUGCUUUAUACCCUGAGCUGCAAGCAUGAGAGUUGGGUUGGUGUUGCAAAGUAUUUAAUGGAUGAUGUUCCUCUUCUCUUAAAGUCAGAGGAUGUAAAAGAUAUCAACAAAGUUCUCCAUGUUGUUUUCUUAUCACUCCCAUCAAGUUUUGGGGAUUUCAUCAAGUGGGUCGCAGAAAUUCGGAGACAAGAGGAUGGUGGUCAAAGUCUAAGCCAAGAGGAGAAAGGAAGGCUUUCUGUCAAGGACGAGGUGUUGAAGCAGGUGCAGGAGACCGACCUUUUUAAACACGUUGUGGCAUUUUUGUCUUCAUCAAAUUCAUGCUGCAGAAAUGUACCAAUUCUGGAUCAAGAAGAGGAUCUCCCUGAUAUCGCUGCAAGCGUCUGUUGCCAGGGGGCAGAGAUUUUGGCUGGGAAGUCUGCUUCUGUGGAAGGGUAUUUCUGUAAGGAAAAAUGUGUGAAAUGCUUGAAAGCUAAUGGUGACAAGCCUAUUACUUUGAUUUCGGGGACAGUGGUAGAUGGUAUCAGUGAGCAGGGGCUUGAUGUGCUGGUUCCUUCAUCUCAAACAAAAAUGAUUUGUUGUGGCUGUGGUCCAAGCAGUCACAUUGGGAUGCACCCAGCUGGCAAUGAUGUUUUAACAGCACUUUUACUGGCUUUGCCUCCAGUCACAUGGUCUGGUAUCAAAGAUGAGAAACUUUUGCAAGAAAUUCACGCUCUGGUUUCAACUGAACAUCUCCCAAUUUUGCUUCAAGAAGAGGUUCUGCAUCUACGGCGUCAGCUCCACCUCCUCAAAAGAUGCCAAGAGAAUAGGGUAGAUGAGGAUCUUGGCGCACCUCUUUCCUAGCAUUUUCUUUACAUGCUCUCUGUAAAGUCAUUAUCUUUAAGCUAAAAAUGUACCUACCCAUGGAAGAUUUAUAACCCGUAGGAACCCGAGGGACUAAAACGACUCCACGGAG